AUGGGUGCGGGUACGCCGGUGGCUCUGGCCGGGUGGGCGGGGGGCAGCGUGUGCGGCACGUUGGAGGCGGCCUCCCGCGCGCUGCGCCUGGCGCCGCUGCCCGCGUGCACGCGCUCGCGGCUGCGCGCCGCCGUCGUGGGCUGGCUCGCCGUGCGGCUGCGCUGGAGGCGCACGCUCCUGGUCGCUGCGCCGGAGUCCUCCGAGUGCUCGGCCGCGCUACGAGACGUGCGCAGGAAUUUCAUAACCGCCGGGGUCUCCGUCCGAACGGGGCCUAUCUCCACCGAUGAGCUAUCUUAUCAUCCCCAAGUGGUGGUUAUAUGUGCUGCUCUACGCGGUGAGUUGGCCGCAGUCGAGGGGGAGUGGGCCCCGACGCGCGCCACGCCCACGGUGCUGCUCCUGCACGUCGACGAGCCUCCGCUCGACACAGACGCGCGCGCCCCCAGCGCCCCCCACGCCUUCACUCAAAGCAAUACAACUCUAGAUUUAAGAACUUUGCCUUACCGAAAAAAAAUAGAAAAUUUAUCGCGAGUCCCGGUAACGGCCCAACCGGAAAACUCAAAUUUAUCGUUAUUUUAUCCGAAAUCGUACAAGAAAAGUUUCUCGUCGCCGCCGACCUUCUCAUCCGUAAACAAAGCCGCGGCACCCUAUCGCAAUAAGAGGGCUCGUUACGAAGUCGAAACGUCGCAAUCUAUGACCUCGAAGCCUGUUUUUCGGGGUGAAAACAACGUAAACAUAAUAAAAACAGAUACCGGCUCUGAUUCUGUAAGAAACGAUUCGCUACUAAUAUAUAAAUUACGGAACAUAAAACGACUUAAUGUCGUCGAUAUGUUCGAGAAGAGCUCUCGCAGGAUGCGGCGCGACUUAACACCUGAGGAGACGCCCUUCCCUGCCCUGAAGAUUCUCGAAACCGUCGUCUCUCAACUGGGCAACACCCUGCGGCGGCGGAUUUUAUUUCUUAGUCAACGACGUCUCGAAGUUGAAUAUCCGACUGCUUUUCUUGUACAGGAGGCAUACGAUGAAAUUCUCAACGUCAUCCAACUGAAUGAAAACAGAACCGGAAUGGAUGUAAUCGGGAGAAAGGAUUUUUUUUUGUAUGAAAAAGUACAAACGGACAGCACGGUCAGGGGAUGGAGUAAGAUAGCCAUUUUAACGGCAACUUCGACAGCAGUCCAGCGGGACAUCGAGGAUUGGUCGGCGUCAGUUAUGGUGACGAACUCGACUCAUAGUUUCGAGCGACUGAGCGAGGAGCGGGAGGAGGAAAUAGGCUCGGGAGUAUCGAUACCGUUCCUCGCGGGGAGUUUGGCAGUCGCGGUGGCAGCGGCGGCGGCGGUCGCGCUAGGCUUUCGGUGGGCAGCGACGCGUCGGCGACAGCGGAAGCGGCGCGGGGACGCUGUUCUCGUACCGACUGAGUUUUCAUUUCCGGCGGAUGAACUGCGCCGUGUCGGUGAAGGCAUGGAGACAAUGCUAUCGUGCUGGCUGCAGCAGCUGCACGAGUUCGGAGGACCAGAACUAGAGCGACCGGACCUAUUGAAGCAGCCACCGCGCCCGGCACCCGCGCCUUCCGCGCCCUCUUCCACCUGCAGCAUCAACCGUGUCGCCCUCGAUCGACGCACCCGAUACAAGGGAGAUGCGGUCUAUAUGAAAUAUCUGCCGACGGCCGCGGUGAUGGAACUGAAGCUAAAAGCGACCGACGUACUGCUCGUGAUGCAGUCCCUGCGACACGAGAACCUCAAUCCAUUUAUCGGCGAGAUGAGACUGAUCGAGUACGCGUGUAAUACUUUUCGUACACCUUUCGGGCUCGUUCAUAAACCCGUUACGGUUCACCUCACCCGGAUGGAUAAGUCCGGUCAAAGAGCGCCCGGGUGCCUAUGUGAAGCACGGCCGGCGUUGGUGUUCGAUCACUGCGGACGCGGCUCUCUCGAAGACGUGCUGAUGGCAGAUGAGAUUAAACUAGAUUGGACUUUCCGCCUUUCACUACUGACUGAUCUGGUGAAGGGCAUGCGGUACCUACACGCAUCGCCCCUGCGCGUGCACGGUAGACUGUCGUCGCGCAACUGCGUGGUGGACUCGCGCUGGGUACUCCGUGUCACCGAUUACGGCAUGCCAGCAUUUUACCGAGCGCAAGGAUUACCUACAUCUGAGCGAUCGUCUAGAGAACUACUGUGGACGGCGCCGGAGCUGUUACGAGAGUCCCGCGGUACUGGACGUGGCACACAGCCGGGUGACGUAUUCUCCUUCGCCAUUAUCAUGCAGGAGGUGAUAGUGCGCGGCGAGCCUUACUGUAUGCUAGCCCUCACUCCUGACGAAAUUCUGGAAAAAGUAUCGCACCCUCCGCCACUGAUCCGCCCGUCCGUGUCGAUGGGCGCGGCGCCGCCAGAGGCCGUGAGUGUGAUGCGUCAGUGCUGGAGCGAGGCGCCCGACCUGCGCCCUGACUUCCAGCGUCUGCAUGACAUCUUCAGACACCUGCACCGCGGACGUAAAAUAAACAUUGUCGACUCUAUGUUCGAGAUGCUCGAGAAAUAUAGCAAUAAUUUAGAGGAACUGAUCAGGGAGAGAACCGAGCAACUGGAUAUGGAGAAGAAGAAGACCGAGCAGCUUCUUAAUAGGAUGCUCCCAAGAUCAGUGGCGGAGCGGCUCAUGUUGGGGUCCCGCGUCGAGCCCGAGGAGUUCGAGGAGGUGUCGAUCUACUUCAGCGACAUCGUCGGCUUCACCGCGCUGGCGGCGCGCUCCACGCCCGUGCAGGUACAGAGAGGUACCCGCCCGCCUGGUGCAGCGCGUCGACCAAACAAUACUUACUAUACAGACAUAGGUGCUCACUACGACGGAAUUUUAAGAAAUUCAACCCCUAAGAAGAUUGAAUGCUAUCCUUAUAGUGGUACAUCAAACAACAGUAAUGUGGAGGGAUUCGGCUUUCAGGUGGUCGAUUUGUUGAACGACUUGUACACUACUUUCGACGCGGCGAUCGAACAGUACAAAGUGUACAAGGUGGAGACGAUCGGCGACGCGUACAUGGUGGUGGGCGGGCUGCCGGCGCGCAGCCGCGACCACGCGGAGAGCGUGGCCACGAUGGCGCUGCACCUGCUGCACCUGGCGGGGCGGUUCCGCGUGCGGCACCUGCCCGACACGCCGCUGCACCUGCGCAUCGGCCUGCACUCGGGGCCCUGCUGCGCCGCCGUCGUCGGCCUCACCAUGCCGCGAUACUGCCUCUUCGGCGACACCGUCAACACGGCCUCGCGCAUGGAGUCCACCGGUGCGGCGUGGCGGAUCCAGGUGUCGGCGGCGACGGCGGAGCGGCUGACGGCGGCCGGCGGGUAUCGGCUGCGGUCCCGCGGCCUCACGCAAGUGAAGGGCAAGGGCGCCAUGCACACAUACUGGCUGCUCGGGAAGGACGGUUUCGACAAAACGCUGCCGGUGCCGCCGCCGCUCCCGUCGGAGGAGGUGUUGUUCGAGACCGACUGCGAGAACGAUAGCGAACCGUCGUCGCUUGCGACCGCGACUCCGACGCCGCCGCGUGUCACGCAGGCCAUCGAACGACAGCGCUCCGACCCUUCCUCCGCUCCGGAUAAAUACGCGUGGCAACGUUCCGGGGCGGUAUCGGCGGACAGCAGCCCGCCGCGGACCCCGCACACGCCGCGCGCACCUCCUAUCGAUCACAGCGCCUCGUACUCACGCUACAGAUGCCUGACGGGUAGUGCGCGUGUGCUGCGACGGCAGUGGUCCCUGGAGCGUGGCGAGGCGCUUGCGGCGGCAGCGGGCGCGCGGGCGGUCAACGGCGCUGAACUCGGGGCCGGGGCCGGAGCCGGAGCGGGGGCCGGCUGUAGGGCAGUGGAGGAAGGCGCGCCCGCCGCCCUGCAGCCGGCCGCAGCCCGCGCCCCCGCCGCCCGCUACCGCUUGCGCCCCGAGCCGCCAUUCCCCGACGACGAUGCGCAACGUGCGCGCCCUCCCUGA